AUGACUAAGAUAAAGGAUCAGAUCAUCGACGUGUACGGAUCGGAUGCGAUCGAGGAGACUUCUGAAGGUGAGGAAAUGCUUACCGAUGACGACUGCGGGGAUCCGUGCGGAGACGGCUCCAAAUCAUCGAAACGCGAUUACACAUUGCGCCGGCGCAGACAGCCAAGAAAACAGAAGCGAGACUCAGGGGAGAAACCGACACCGAAACGUCGCGGUCCUAAGAAGAAAAGAAUGACAAAAGCCAGAUUAUUAAAAUUCAAACAACGACGACUAAAAGCCAAUGCCAGAGAGCGUAACAGGAUGCAUGGAUUGAACGAGGCCCUGGAUAAUUUGAGAGAAGUCGUACCAUGUUAUUCAAAAACACAAAAGUUAUCCAAAAUCGAGACUCUGAGACUGGCCAAAAACUAUAUCGCCGCGUUGUCCAACAUCUUAGAAUCAGAUACGGUGCCAGACACGGUUUCAUUUGCGCAAACACUUUCCAAAGGUCUAUCGCAACCGACAACGAACUUAGUGGCAGGAUGCAUGCAGUUAAACCCAAGAACUUUGCUACCGGAGUCAAGCUCAUGUAAACAGUUCAAUUUCAGUUUCUGGCCGGAGAAGUCUAAUUUCGAACCAGCAGUUUUAGGAACCGUGGACAGUGGCAGCAACGUCAUUCUCAAUUUUUUGGAGGCUAAAAUCAACGGCACCUUUGGUGCCGGCAUGGACAGUGAUGCUGGUAGCGGAACAGCAUACAGUAGUUGCGACAGUACCGUUACUUCACCAACCCCCACCACUUACCAUGGUCGAAUGAGCUAUUUUCCUGCUGUUUCGAAGGAAAACCUGGAAAACGUGCGCAACCCUCAACAAUUGUCGAUGAAUCAUCAAGAUGUUUUUCAAAACAUGGCCGCCCUGAUGGCAUCACCGACAGCCCAUUUCAUCCAAAACAUGGGAUUGAAUCUGAACUCUUUACGAAAGAUAGCCGAAGAUUCUUCGUCGCAUUGCGACAUUUCUUUGGACGAGUUCAUACAUUAUGACAGCCCUUCGUCGUUGGUUGACCAAGGCUAUCUCAUGGAAGGGGCGGCUGACGGAGUUUUUGAUAACUAA